CUCCAGCAGAACCAGACGAGCCACUUCACACGCGAUUCUCUCUUUAUAAACAGAUUUUCGCACACUUUAUAGAGAUAAAACUGAAACGACACUCGGGUUAUUCCUAUAAUUACAUCUGGCGAACAGUUGCGGAUUGUUUGGGUUUGAAUGUAUCAUGUGAGACCGGACAGUUGGGUGUGUAGAAAUGUUUGGAUCAUUUCACACGACCCCUGACCUUUACUGCUCAACCCAUUCAUAUGACGCCGUGCCCUUGAUGCUGUAAUCAUGGAUGUUCAUGUGCACAACAGUCGGACGGUUCAUUAUGGGCUGAACAACUAUCAGAACACUCAUACUGUAAAAGAUGAUCUACAGUUCCUCAGUCUUGAGGAACGUGAGUGUAUUAUGUUCUUUGAGGAGACAAUCGAUUCACUAGAAGAGGAGCUAGAAGAUGAGGGGGCGGGAAUAGCUGCACGUAGCCACACACCUGCAGAGAUGCAGCGAGCGCCCAUUACAGCCCGACCUCUCUGCCCUGGAGAUCAUGACAUCAUUGACCUGGUGCACCCUACACCUGAGCCCAACAAACAUACAGACUCACUGCCAGAUUUCCAAGAGCUGGUUAUAGCCCCAGAGACCCAUUUUGAGAUGAAGGCCAAUCGUGACCCCAUGGUGAAUUUCCCCCCAGAGGAGGGUGCACACCAGCCCCCACCUGGUUCUGUUCCCACCCCUGUAAUAAUCGCCAGUAAGAUCGCGGAGCACCAGGGUAUGGGCGGGGCCUUAACGGUACCUUCAAUUCUAAUCCAGCGAAGCAGCAGUCUGGAGUUACCGCAGAACCCCUUGACCAAACACGGCCCUCCGACUCAUGCCAAGCCAAUGCAUCUCCCAGACAACAUUAGCUUGAUUCUUGGCAGCCGAGAACACAUUCCCCAUUCCAUCGCCACAGAAGCUGUCAGUGUGCAGGAGCGGCGGGCGCAGAUGCUUGCUAACCUCCCUGGCUCCGCACACCCUCUGGAGGGAGGAGAACCAGACUGUGUACGCAAACUUCCCAUGCGGAGUGUGUCAUUCAGAGAUCCAACGCCGGACAAGUCCAGGAUGGAGGCGCUCUCAAAGCUUGGGCUCGUGAGGAACCGAGCGCAAUCGGCCAUGCAACCAUCUCCUAGGGACUCGAUUGCAGAAGACGUCAGCUUUAAGACCAGCACAAAUACAGUUCAGACAAAUUUCAAGAGUGAUAAUGCACCUAUACACACCUAUAACACUUCCAGUAGUGUUCAUGCUCCAAACAUUGCUAAUACUUCUAACACUUCCAAGAGUUUGAAUGACCACAACAUGGCUAAUACUGCAAAUACCACAACAAACAAGGCCAGUACCCGCAACGUUACCAGUACAGCUAACAUAAUUACUGACGUACCCACUAUGACCAAUGGCUUGGACACCACGGACCACUGCCAAACCAGCACUGUUACCAAACAGGACAAGUCUAGCCCCUCACCAGCACUUACAAGUACUGAGGUCACACACAGUGAUUUCAACAGUUAUGGUGGUAAGAGUAUCACCUUGAACCCCACAGUGUCCAUUAGGGCUGAGUAUGCCCCACCUCAAAGUGCCACAGCCACUUCCUCUCCCAAAAAAGAAGCUUCAGAGGUACAACUCAACAGUUUCGGUGGUUUGUCCAGAGUCAUGAAUCCAUCCGUAGUGCACAGAGACCAGCCACCUAGCCCGAGCCACAUCAGCCACCUAAACACAUAUGGAGCCCGAUCAAAAACCUUCUCACCUGUAAAAGAGGACAACUCGGCUGUAAGCUCACACCCUGGAAGCAGGACCACUGACAGAGAUGUACCUACAAGAAAGGUGACCUCCUCACACUCUAAAGCACCUUCCCAGCCAGUUGUGACCAGACAACCUCCCACUCCAGCUCCAAAACCACCUCGCCACUCAAGUCCUCUGAGUCUCACCAGGAUGAGAACCAGUCCUCCACCCUCAGAGUUACGUCACAAACCAUCGCCAAAGCCAUCCUUCCGCACACAGGGAAUAACAGUCCAGUUCUCUGGGAAAGGAGCCACAGAUGAAGCCAGACGUGAUGCGCUACGCAAACUAGGAGUGCUGAGGGAUACUUCUUAAAAGUUCCCAAACACAAGAGAGACUACAGUUUUAGAUGUGGUGAAGACUCGUGAUAAGCUAUAAAUAAUUAAAUCAAUCAAUCAUAUAUAUAUUGUUGCAUUACUGGCAUUACCUUGUUUGCAGGCUCAAAGUCCAGAAGUUCCUGGGAAUGUUUAGGUCAAAAGUCGACAAGAUUUAUAGCCAUCUGUUGGACACUAGCUAGCCUUUUUAAUUGAGUUUAAAGAACUUUAGGGAAAAAAAUCAGGACUAACAGGCUUGGUGUGUGCUUGUUUUGCUUGCUAAGUACCACCAGAUCAAAUUUCUUGCUUGACAUGAGGAAGAAAUCGAAAAAUUCUAUUGUAGCUGAACAAAGUUAGCCAUUACCUUUCCCAUUCAUGUAAAUGGCAGUUGCUUGGGGUGCCAUCUUUCCUUCAAGUGCACCCUUCUUCUUUUUGAGCCAAUCAACUGAGCCGUAAAUGCCAUGUGACUGCUCAGUCUGUUUGAGAACUCUUUGCAGGGAAAAGGCUGGGACAUCUUUUUUACUCCGUUAAAAGCCCUCCAAGAAAUCCGGGCACUAAUGAAAAAUGUAUUUAGUCAGACUACAUCCAGACUACUUUUGGAUUUCCGUCCAUAAUGAAAGAUGCUUUUUUUGCCUUCAUAAUGGAGUAAUUAUGGCAUCCACCAGCAAUUGAAGCUAACUGGCAAGCCAUGACCCACUGAAAGAAGUUUUCUGUUUGUUGUUGGCAAUUCUAAUUAAAUUAUAUACAGUUAUAAGAAACAAAUCUGCCAGCUAAAACUCAACUACAUUCAUUUAGCAGAUGCAUUAAUCCAAAGUACAGGAAUCGAAGCCAAGCUUUCCCAACUGAGCUACGUGCUCGUCCUGACACAUUUUUGCAACUUUCAAUGUACUUUCUAUAAAAACUAAUGAACAAACUCACUAUUAUAAGAACUAACUAUCCUUAAAAACAUUACUAAUGUUAAAAAACAAAAUACCCCUACCUUACCAUAUCAGCUGGGAUUUGGACCUGGAACCCAAGGUUUUGUAGGGUGAUAUGUUACAGAAUGAGCUAUAAGUUACCCAACUUUGAGCAAUUCUCAUUGGACUCAUGUCUUUAACUAAACACCUUUUACUAAGUACUUUUAACCAAAGAUGACAAACUCUGAAGUCCAAAUACUAAAAGCAAAACACUUCAGAGAGAUGGGUCAGCUUAGCUGUAAUGGGUCAGUUUGUGGUUUUAAAUCUCUGCUGUUUGUCAUUGCAAUGGAUGAUGUAGAUAUGUUCUCACUGGCUUGGGUCAGAUGAGAUGAAUCUUCACUUUUAGCUUCUGAAGAGUUUGAGGAUUUGGAUAACAUAUGCUCAUGAGAUGUUGUUUGUUACCAUGCUUAAGUUAUUAGACUAUGUUCUAGCAAUUAAAUACAGGUCAGUUUAUAGAAUGCAUAUAUACAUUUACACUUAGGAUGUGCAUGAGUCUACCUUGUUCUUUGUAUUUACAUUGUAUACACAUUUAUUCUUAUAGCUGUCUUGUGUUUGAUAGCUCUGAGGAGGAUCACCUGGUGUAAAGUAGCCAGACCAAUCACAUUGGUUUUCUGUUCAGGAGUUUACAAAAGAAAUACCUCGCAGAGAAAUAUCUUGCAUAUUGUCUUUGUCAUAUUGUGCGCAAACAGAUGUACAGCAGCUAGUUUCUAUGAUAAUGUAUUUAUUCUGAUGACAAAAUGCUUUCAUGUUGUGUUGUGUGCUGGACAUUGGGAGUCUAGCCUGUCUUCGCCUCUGCUUUCACAGACCACAGAAAAUCUUGUAAACUGAGUGUAUUUUCAUGUUUAGUUCCUCCCAUGCCAAACCACAAGGAUCCAAAUCUAGAUCCCGCUUCGUAAUGAAUCAACAGCUUUAGUUCAGUGUGUGUGUGUGUGUGUGUGUAUGUGUGUGUUUGCAAUGUGGAUUUCAGUACGAAUGAGUGUUGUAAUGAGUAAAUGUAACAGGGUAUGUUUGCGAUGAGUGUUUUUUUUUUUUUUUUGGGACUCCGGUUUUUUGGCUUUAAAUAAAGCAGUAUUUGAAGGACAUAGAAUGCAUGUUGUGAAUGCGUGACACACACACACACUGUAAAAUCAAAAAUGCAUGGUUUCUUCUCACCUCUUUAUGUAAACGUGAACUCUGCUGGAAGUAAUAACACUGAAUAUUUUUUCCUUUCAGUGGUUAUGAUCUGUAACAUUCAGUUGUGUUGUUUCUGAAUAAACACAAUUAAAACCCAUCAGGAUUGUCUGUGC